GAUGAUACUUACACGAUAUUAUAUAUAUGAUAUUUAGGUAAUAGAGAAAACGUGAUACGAAUAUUUCAAAAAGAAUUUUGUGCCUUAACCUACAAUAUCUGAUUUAGCGAAGUAUUGUUACACUGUUUUACAGAUCUGUAGUUAACAAGUUGUAACGCAUUGUAUGCAAGAGUGAUCUUUAAAAAAAAAAAUAUGUUCUAAAAUAAUGUAUCCCGCAAACCAUAAGACUAUUUUUGUUCUGGACCAUACGCCAUAUUUUGGUAUAUCUACCGAGGCUCCUCUAGAAUUUGAUUUUCUAAAAAGCCGCGGCCAAAAUUUGAUACCUUUGGCCCCUGUUUGUAAAUCCUUGUGGACAACCAGUGUUGAAGCUUCUCUAGAAUAUUGCCGUAUAGUGUGGGAUCUCUUUCCAACUGGAAAAUUGAUAAGAUUUGUGGCAACUGAUCGUGCAGCAUAUGUAUUGAACUCAUGGAGCCCAUCGCAACAAAAUUUAAAUCAUAUAAUGAAUGGUACAGCUAUUUUAGGAGUACCAACAAAGACUCCACAACCUGGAGUAGAUUACUCUGUGAUACAUGGCUUGAGAGUAGCUAUUGAAACGCUUAAUGAGUGUUCAGAAAUUCAACAUGAGAAGAGAACAUCGUUAAACGAAAAUGCCAGUAAACUUGUUAAUAGAGGAAGAGUAAUAUGUAUCACUAGUGCACGAGAUAAUAGCAAUAUGAAGAACUUGGAAAAUAUAUUUUUGAAUGAAUUAGCUCAAGAAAAUAAAACUGCUUUAGCUUCUGAUCAUCUAAUACCUGUAGAUUAUUGUCACCUAGUUAUACUGAAUAUUUUUCCUAACAAUAUUGAAUCACAAGUUACUAGUCAAGGACCAAGAGAGGUUUCACCAAUGUUAACAGUAGAAGUGCAUUCUAUUAAGGCGCCCGCUUUACAUUCAAAAUUGUCUCAUUUAAUUCUGGCUCAUUAUGAUUUGGCAAGCACAACGGUAACUGGUAUACCAAUGAAAGAAGAACAAAAUGCUAGUUCCUCUGCGAAUUACGACGUCGAAAUAUUUCAUUCGUCAGCCGCACAUUCCGCAAUUUUAAAAGGAAAUCCACAAGACUCAGCUUUAAUUAAAACGUUCAGAAGAUUCGAAGAGGGAUCAGAGUACGAAACAGUGACUCUAAAAUGGUGUACACCACGAGGAUGCAGCGCAGCUGAAAUGCAAAAUUGUACAGCUAUGCACAGAAUCACUCCAGUAGACGUAAAUAGCAGACCGUCGUCUUGUCUGAUUAAUUUCUUGUUAAAUGGAAGAUCGGUGAUGUUGGAAAUGGCCAGAAAGAGCGGUGGUAAAACUAUUUCCCAUUUACUCGCUGCACACGGUGGAGAAAUUUUUAUACACACCUUAUCUACCGCUAGAAGCGUCUUAGAGGAUCCACCCUCUAUCAGUGAAGGAUGCGGUGGCCGCGUAACUGAUUACAGAAUAACUGAUUUUGGAAAACUAAUGCGAAAUAAUGUAUUGGUGCCUUUAAAACGAAGUGCAGCUUCUAACGGCGAAGGUCCAGCAGAGAAAAUGAGAUGCAGAUUAGAAAGACAUACAAAAUAUUGGCCAAUUACCAUUUCUAGUACCCUUAUGUUUAAUUUGAAACAGUUAAUAGAUCCGUUACCAGAUUUAAUGGUAAAGGAAGAGCUCACUGCAGAGGAGGUGGUACAAUGCAAGCAAGUAAUCUUUAGUUUGCUGCAAUUAGAAGCAAAACACGAAGCUCUCCCUCUUCCGAGUAUAGGUGGUGGUCGCGGUGGUAAAAGUGGUGUACGCAGAGAAGAACAUUAUAGACUCUUAUGGGGAGAACUAGAAACGUUUCUUAAGCACCAUGCUAAUAAUUCUGCUGCGCAUUCCGAGGUUUUAACUUGCCUCCUCGAAGUACGAAGCAAAGACGACAAAGACAAAGUUGAAUUGGACCAGGCGUUGCGCGAAUUGGACGGAUUUGGCAAAGAAGAUGGAACUGCGAGGGCCAGUGUGAUAAGAGCAACGACCGAUUCACCGAUGUCUCCACCCCCAAGUACAUCCAUGUCUAUUGGGAAACAACUUCUCAAGGGAGGUAUCUACGCUCCUAAAAGUUUGUUGGACAUUUGGUUACAACGCAGCACGCCCAAAGAGAAGAAACCAGAUUUCCAUGGAAGACUAAACAGCGACGGUCCUAAAGCAAAGUUAUAUCCCAACUUGAAAGAAACUGGUCGAGAACCCCGUGAAACUAUCAUAGAAGGCUAACAGCUUCAACUAUUACCUAUCAUUGUUUAUCACUCUAUGAACAUAAGGUAUAAACCAGGAACAAUUUCUUAUAAUUCCAAUGACAAGUGUCAUUUUUUUACUAUCAAUCAACAAUGUAUCACGAUGCGUUCGUGACAAACAGAAGAAUAUAAUAAUUUCUUAAACAGUGUU